ACAAAUUGAAAUUUAAAGUUUCUUUUUGGGGCACACAGACAACACAGGGUGCUUAUUAACAAUUUUUUUUCGAAACUACAGUUAAAUUCAAAGAAAUUAAUCAUGGCUGCAAGAGCUAGUGCUUCCAGACGUCCCGUGGAACCAGAACAAACCAUCGCCUACGUACAGGCCGACGGUUUGGCUGUAAUGAAAAUUGUCAAACAUUGCCACGAAGAAUCCACAACCAACAUGGACAUAGCCCAAGGCGCUUUGCUUGGUUUGGUAGUUGAAAACCGUCUAGAAAUCACCAACUGCUUCCCGUUUCCCAAACAAAGCGACGAAACCAUGGACGAAGAAGAAUACCAACUGGCAAUGAUGAGAAGACUCAGAAGAGUCAAUGUUGAUCAUUUCCAUGUUGGUUGGUACCAAAGCGCCGAUGUAGGCAACUUUUUAAGCUUGCCUUUAUUGGAAUCCCAGUACCACUAUCAAACAUCCAUUGAAGAAUCUGUAGUGGUCAUUUAUGACACCCAAAAAUCCUCCAGAGGAUUUUUAACAUUGAAGGCUUAUCGUUUAACACCUCAAGCAAUUGAGAUGUACAAGGAAGGUGAAUUCACCCCAGAAGCUUUACUGAAAUUGAAAAUUGGCUUCGAAAACUUGUUCACUGAAGUUCCAUUCUACAUCAAAAACUCUCCAUUGACCAACAUAAUGAUGUCAGAAUUAGCUGAAAUGGUUCCAGAAGAAGAAGGCUCUAAAUUCUUAGAUUUAGGCACUGCUACUGUCUUGGAAAACCAACUGAGAUGCCUCAUGGAUCGUGUCGAUGAACUGAAUCAAGAGGCCAUCAAAUUCAACAGGUAUCAGCAACUUGUUAGUCGCCAGCAGCAAGAUAAGCACAGAUAUUUGCAAAAGAGGUCCCAGGAAAAUGCCGCUAGAGCUGCUAAAGAUGAGCCUGCACUGCCCGAAGAAGACAUUAACAAGCUGUUCAGGCCUCAUCCAGUGCCGCCAAGGUUGAACCCUAUGAUUAUUGCCGGACAAAUUAACACUUACAGUCAGGCUAUUUCGCAGUUUUGCUCUCAGUCUUUGGCUAAGCUGUAUAUUACUCAAGCCCUGCAGAACGCCAAGGAAUCUACUUCUAAUAAGUGAAAGUAUUUAUUAUUGGGAUCAAAUUGAAUCUUAUUUUUGGGAAAUAAAGCAAUUUGAUUUAAAAAAAAUUAUUUAUUAUUCAAGGAGUUUUUAAAUACUUGCAUAGUUUUGUUUGUUUGUUAGUUGACAAUGGUUUACUUACACAAUUUUUCAAGAAAUAUGAGAGUUAACAGCUUCAUCUAAAGGAUUUUUAUGGUCAGACAUAUUAGGCCUUAAUUCAUAGUUACAAAUUGUAACUCCGUGACGGUGGGCUUCAAAGUAUUCGCCUCUCAAGCCUAUGUAAUAAAUUGUGGUAUGCUCAUCACCAAAAUUGGUUGGAAAGUGAAUUGAGAGAUGGUUGACGUUGUUAAAAGUCACUACUCUGAAAAAAAUUUGAAAAAUUACGCCCCUUAUCAUUAUUAAUAAAUUGCUUCUUGCCUAGUUGCAUACUCCAGCACACCUUCAGUGUCUUUUUGUAGGUGAAACUCUUGGUCUGCUGUUGAAGAAACAUCAUCAAAUAAUUGGAGUUAUAAAUGCUUACAAUCUCAUUUUGGAAGGAUGUGAUUCUGAGCUAUCCCCAAUAAUUAUAAUGCCUUUGAGUUUAACAUUUCCUGUGAAUGGGAUGUUGAAUAGUAAUUCUUCGUCUGCG